AUGGCGGAACACAAGAAGAAGAGGGACCGGUAUGCCGGAGCGGCCUACGAGUUCGGCGCAAAUGCUGGGUUGAGCGGCGCUGGCAUGGGCGCGGCUGCUUCUCCAGCUGCUCCGCAGUACGGCGUGCCGGCGCAGGGCUACUCGCCGGGGAUUCCAAUGUCUCCUCCGGGCCAGGACCCAAAUGCGCUGGGCCAGCAGUUCGGACAGAUGACUCUGGGGCCUCAGCCUGUCCAGGUCACGCCGCAAAUGCAGCCGACGGCCCAGAUGCAGCAGAACCAGCUCUACCCGUCCGACUUGAUCGCCCAACCCGUCCAUGCCUCGGAAAUCGACUCGCCACCUCCGCCCAUAAACCUGCCUCCGAAUCUCGCUGCUACGCCCUCCCCGCACUCGAAUUGCCCGCCGCCGUACAUUCGCUCGACGCUGGCGUGUGUGCCUACCACCCACAGCCUGUUGAAGAAGUCGAAGCUGCCGUUCUCUUUGAUUGUGCAGCCAUACACCUCGCUCCACGAUGCAGACGCGCCCGUUCCAGUUGUCGAUGAUCAGGUCAUUAGCAGGUGUAGGCGUUGUAGGGCAUACAUCAACCCCUUCGUGACCUUUCUAGACCACGGACACAGAUGGCGAUGCAAUAUGUGCAACCUAACAAACGACGUGCCGCAGGCCUUCGAUUGGGAUGCAGCUCAGCAAAAGAGCGUUGAUCGUUGGCAGAGAAGCGAGCUCAACUACGCUGUUUGCGAGUUUGUGGCGCCGCAGGAAUACAUGGUUCGACCUCCACAGCCCCUAGUCUAUCUCUUCUUGAUUGAAGUCGGGCAUCCAUCGCUAGUAAACGGACUCUGUGCAACUAUCUCUAGGAUCAUUUCAGAAGCUCUCCCGCGGAUACCCAACGCAGACGGCAGGACGAGGGUUGGAUUCAUUGGCUUUGACUCGAGCUUAUACUACUUUUCGAUCCCGCGCGAUGGAAGCGAGAAUAGCGAGCCGUCCAUGCUCGUUGUGUCCGACCUGGACGAGCCAUUCCUCCCCACUCCCGAUAAUCUGCUCGUGACGCUAUCCGAGUCCAUGCAAAACGUGCAGAACUUUCUGGAGAAGCUUCCGACCAUGUUCCAGGAGAACCCGCAAGCAGGGUCCUGUAUGGGAUCCGCACUUCGCGCCGGACAUCGGAUGACUGCGGCGAUUGGCGCUAAGAUAACUGUCCUCUCUUCUUCCCUUCCGAACACCGGGUACGGCAAACUGGAGAGUCGCGAAAGGAAAGAUAUUUUGGGUACAAGCAAGGAGGGAAGCCUUCUUCAGACGCAGAACUCGUUCUACAAGAGUUUCGCCGUGGAAUGCUCGAAGAACCAGGUGUCGAUUGAUAUGUUCCUGUUCUCCAGCGCGUACCAGGAUGUGGCGACGCUGAGCAAUCUCCCGAGAUACACCGGCGGGCAAACGUACUUCUACCCAGGAUGGAAUGCGGCGAGACCAGAGGACGCGAUAAAGCUGGCUCAUGAGUUUACAAACUAUCUCAGCGCUGAGAUCGGCUUGGAAGCUGUCCUCCGUGUCCGCGCCAGCACCGGAUUGCGGAUGUCCGCUUUCUACGGCAAUUUCUUCAACCGCUCCUCUGACCUAUGCGCUUUUCCUUCAUUCCCAAGGGAUCAACAGUACAACGUUGAAGUCGCUAUUGACGAGACGUUAACUCGCCCGACCAUCUUCCUACAAGCUGCCGUGCUGCACACGAGCUGUAACGGUUCUCGGAGGAUCCGGGUAAUGACCCUUGGGCUCCCGACCACCGACAAUCUAGCGAACGUCUAUGCCUCGGCGGAUGCUCAAGCUAUCACGACGUAUUUCAGCCACAAAGCAGUUGAGCGUGCACUAUCAAGUGGUCUCGAUGCUGCUCGAGACGCUCUGCAGUCGAAGAUCGUUGAGAUCCUUAGCACCUACAGGACUAACCUCGCUGGUGGUAGUUCAGGCGGACUCACAUUACCCGCUAAUCUUCGCACGCUGCCGGUCCUCUUCCUUGGCUUGAUCAAGAACGUCGGUCUAAGGAAGAGCGCGCAGAUCCCAUCCGAUUUACGCGCGGCUGCGCUAUGUCUCCUUUCUACGUUACCGACCGCUUUGCUCCUAAGAUACAUUUACCCCGCAUUCUACUCGCUGCAUGAUAUGCCGGAUGAUGCCGGUGUUCCGGACCCUCAGACGGGAGGUAUCAUCAUGCCGCCGCUGCUGAACCUCUCCUCUGAGCGCAUAGUCCCUUACGGAUUGUAUCUUCUGGAUGACGGAGUGAAUCAAUUCCUGUGGGUAGGACGCGACUCCGUGCCAGCCCUCCUUCAAGACGUCUUCGGCGUAGAAGAUCGUACGAUGGUCAAGCAGGGCAAGACAACAUUGCCUCGUCUCGACAACGAUUUCAGCGAGCGUAUCAAUGCCGUCCUAGAGAAGUCGCGGGAUCACAGGUCGAAGGGCGUUGGUAGCAUCACCGUACCGACACUGUACGUGGUCAAGGAGGACGGCGACCCAAGCCUGAAGCUCUGGGCGCAGACACUGCUCGUCGAGGACAGGGCAGACCAGGGAGUCAGCUUGCAACAGUGGUUAGGAAUGCUCAGGGAGAAGGUACGUUUGAACACUGAGGAUGUGCAUUGGCUGCCUUCUACCUGGCCUGAUUGA